AUGUUACCUGUAAGGUCAUAUAGUAUACGCAAUAAACGCAAAAAUAGAGAAGCUAUAGCUUCCUUGCGAAAGAAUCAAGCACGCCGUAAAGUUACUUCCGGUACCACAGCAACUCAUACACCCGCAAGACGAACAGUAAGUGCCGGGUCAACAUUACCUUCGGAAAAUAAACCGCCACGUAGCCCCAGUGCAAAAUCUGUAUCGUCUGAGCCAGGGGCUACAACAUCAAAAGAUUUAAAAUUUGAGACUCUCAUAGAAGAGGAGCAAGAAGAUAAAGAAGAUGAGACUGAAGAGAAGAAAGAAGAAAAGAAAGAAGAAGAUGGUGAAGAAGGAGAUAAAGUUAAAGAUAAAGAAGAGACAAGUGUAGAAAAAGCCCAUGUUACAUUUGACGAAACUAAAGAUGCUGAAGUUGAAGAACCGAAGUAA